CCUGGCUUCCAGUCCGGCUGGGCUGUACCUUACCCUCUCCCCUCCGAGCCACGAGAGCCCCGCGCUCUCUUGGUCUACUCCAAGCUUUCGCAGCGCUUCCCUUGCGCCUGCGUGAAUCUGCCCCGCCCCACGCGCGGACUCGCGCUCUGGUUCUGGCCCGGCCUCCGGCCCGCGGCACCCGGCGCUUUCCUUCUCGGUACCGCCGGCAGCGCGCGGCGCCGGCACCAUGCUCUUCUACUCCUUUUUCAAGUCCCUUGUGGGCAAGGAUGUGGUCGUGGAACUCAAGAAUGAUCUGAGCAUCUGUGGAACCCUCCAUUCUGUGGAUCAGUAUCUCAACAUCAAACUAACUGACAUCAGUGUUACAGACCCUGAGAAAUAUCCUCACAUGUUAUCAGUGAAGAACUGCUUCAUCCGGGGCUCAGUGGUCCGUUAUGUGCAGUUGCCAGCAGACGAAGUGGAUACACAGUUGCUACAGGAUGCAGCAAGGAAGGAAGCCCUGCAGCAGAAGCAGUGAUUGCCACUGUUCCUUUUCCUCUGCCUUUUCUAUUGGUUACCCCAUAACCUUAUGUCUCCCCAAUACUUGAGGUGUUUUUUUUUUUUUUUUAAGUGAUGGCUUUUUUUUUUUUCCUAAAGGGAUUUAGACGAUGAGAGGAAUAAUAGCAAAGAGCAGCUAUCCUCUGUUGAGAAGGGAAAGAUAAAUAGGUUGGGGAACUGCAAAGCCUUUCCUGUCCCCAGCACUUGUCUUUCCAUUCAUUCCCUGGGGAUAGUGGGAGAAUUUCUUAACUCUCACCAGGGCAGCCUGUGAUUCAUUUUGGGGAUGGAAAAAAUCUGUCCCGCAUCGGGAAUAAAAUUUAUGAUGCAAAUUUGAA